GGCAGAAAGCCAUCUAUGCAGAGUUAUCGUACCAGUAUUCGACCCUAACCAAGCCUAGCCUAGCAUCUGUAAUUUUGUAAUAAUAAGACUGUAUAUAUGUAUAUAUAUACGCACAGCAGAAAUAAAUAUUAAUUUUAUGAAAGAUGCCAUCAAAACCUGCAAUGAUCUCUAAACAUAACAGCAAGAGUAAAAAGAAUGCGCCAACUCUGUGCGUUCCUCCUGUAGUAACAGAAGAUGAAAACAAAUCAACUGGUUUGAAUUCAGAGGUGGAAGAUCAAUUUGAACUGGAGUUAUGUUGGUGCAUACAACAAUUGGAGGCAUGUUUAGGAACUGGCAAGUUACAGAAUAAACAGGCACAGGAUCUCAACAAGCAGAUACAAAUGUUAAAGAGCAACACUGCACCAUUAAUAAAAAAGAGACAAAUAAUGAGAAAUACACUGGGAGAUUACAGAAAAAAAAUGGCUGAGGAUGAACAAAAGUUCAAAAAACUAGCUUCAACUGUUAAGUUUGCAGAUCCUGCUCUUGCUAGAAAAACUAUUAAAAAGUCAAUAUUCCUUAAGAAAGCAGUUCAACAUAAUGCACAGGAACAUGAGGGACAAGUUGAUGAUCAGAAAGUACAAGAUAGUGAUGGAAAAACUAUGUUUCAAUUUAAUUUUGAAUUGUGUAAAUAAAACUUUUUAUAUAAACAUAUAUAAAUUAA